UUUUGCGCCAAGACCAAGUGGUCUGCUUUGGGACCUUUAAAGUUUAAGUAUUUUACAUUUUCUAUCAUUGUACGAUCAUCGAUUUCAUCGCAUGUUACAGCAAGGGUACGACCUCAAUAGCAGCAUUAUUUGGAGUUACUUAAAAGUCUUUUAGCCCCGUUGUCACCGAGGAAAUACCUUUUAAAUGUGUGAUGGUAACCCAGUUGAGGAUCGCUUGACAAAGUCAUAUGUGACUUCUCUUUCCACUCGAUAAAAGUGGAAUUUGUUGUCACCAGAGACUUUCAGUUUUUCCAAGUAAACUUCUUAUCUGCCCAUACGAUACUCGGAGAAAAUGGCGACUGUCGAAUAUGACUUGGACACCUCAGGCGGGCUCAUGGAGCAAAUCCAAAAAUUGGUGGCGCCGCCCCAGAGCGAUGACUAUGGUCGAAAAUCGAGAAAGGCAGAACGCGAAUACAGGCGGCCAGGCCGGGCUGUGAAUCAUGAUUGUUGUGAUAGUUGCAAGGAAGGUGGUGAUUUGCUGUGUUGUGACCGUUGCCCAGCUGCUUUCCAUUUACAGUGCCAUGAUCCGCCUCUCAGUGAAGACGAUUUACCCUCCGGGGAAUGGCUGUGUCAUCGCUGCCGAGUGGGUCCACCCCCUUCAGAGGCUGAUGAUGAUGCCUCUUCAGUCACCAGCACUCAAAGUAAAACCACAUCUCGCACAUCAGAAAAGUCCCGAACUCGUGGAUCGAAUCGGCGAAGUCCUAUUGAUGAAGAAGUCAUGUCAGUUGACUCGGAUGAUGGGGACAACCCCUUACAGACUUUGAUAAAAGCUGCCAGUUUGAUGAAUCCGAAGCAGUUUGAGAUACCAAAAGAUAUGACUUGCAAUACUGUGUUGCCAGGUUCCAGUAAGAGGCGUUGGGUGAAAGAUGGUAACAGAAAUGCCCCAAAGAAGCUAGCCCAUGAACUGGACAAUGGCAUGGUUCCACUGCCUGCUAGACUGUGUUUUCUAUGUAGCAAGAGUUGCAGGGUUGCCCCACUAAUCCAGUGUGACUACUGCCCUCUGCUGUUCCACAUGGACUGUCUUAACCCCCCCAUGCCCUCGUUACCUUCUGGAAGGUGGAUGUGUCCUAACCAUGCAGAGAAUCUUGUGGAUGAAAAAAUUUUAAAGUCUGUGAGUUUGUCAGAACGUGUGAAACUGUGGGAUCAGUUUUCAGGAAUAGUCAAUCAGCAUAGUGUAAAAGUGCAGUUUCUAAAGAAAAUUCACCGCCAGAGUCCGCCUUUCAGGAUCAAAGUCAAACACCCUUCAAGAAAGACUGUUGAUGUCCCUCAAGCCAUCAAGGAUCUCUACCAGUAUCCUCCUCCCAUGUUGCCAAAGCCCAGUCCAGUGCUGACCCCAUCACCUGAGCAGCAGCCACCAAAGUCCACUGCCCCUCAGGCUGAAACUACACUAGAGGAACAAGAAGAAUGGUUAUCCAGUGUAGUGGCCUUCCAGACCAGCAUAUGCAAGCACCUAGCUCAGAAACAGCUACAGAAAGAAAAUCAGGGAGAGCAGGAGCAAGCCGGAGGUGCCUCAGCCUCAGCAACAUCAAGCACAGCAGCCACCAAAGCUGCAGAACAAAAGCCUACAGCAUCAGUACUGCCCACAAUCAAACAGGAGUUUUCUGGUACAACUAGUCCCACACCGUCUAGUGGCAGUACCAGCUCUCUCUCAGAGACCAAAACCACUGGCGACCAAAAGACUCUUCUUAAUGGAGGACUAGGAUCUCCAACUCAGGAAUCCUUGCCUAAUGGACCUUUUACUGCUAAUGCAGCAUCAGCAUCGGCAGAGUUGCCUAGGCAAAACGGACCAGUAUCUUUGCUAAACACAGGGUGCCUCACGCCCAAUGGAGAAACAGAUCUGAAUAAGUGUAAAUCAGAGUCAAUAGUGAGUUCAGGGAGGACUGAUUUGUUGUCAUCACCCAAUGUGGUGAAAGUGACAGUCCCUCAUGGUGAUAAACAGACACCUGUACAUUCAAAAAGUAUAGUUCUUGGAACUGUGAACAAACAGAGCGGCACUGUGGUCACAAAGGUCGUGACGAGCGGAAACCAGCAGGGAAGGACAGCAUCCAGUAGCUCUGGGCCUUCUAAACCUGCAGGAACUCCCACAUCCAUACUGACCAAUAGGAUAGGUGGCAGCAGUGCUGCCAAGGGGUUUACUGGGAAAGUGACAGUGGUGUCAGGGACGGGGGUCAAUGCCACAUCCAAAGUUAUCACUGUCACAGCACCUGGUGCAGUGAAAUCCAGUCCUAGUGCCAACAGUGCUCCCAAUAAGUUAAAUGUAGCUGGGACACUGAGCUCCUCUCCAGCAAUAAUCAACCUCAAUAACAAUCUCCAGGCUUUCAUUGAUGGGAAUGCAGAACUUGAAUUAAGUAAGCUUGAUGAACGCUUGGUGCAGAUCUUGGCCUGGCAGAGACUGCAGCAACUGCUACCACCAAAGACAUCAGGGAGGAAAGGCAUGUUGAAUGGACUGCUCUCUCAAACAGGUAACUGUUCCACAGAUGUCCAGGCCAGGGCCUUGCUGUGUCCACUGACAGGGAAGGGACAGCCAGCACCCAUGCCAUACAGGACACUCACAGUAGGAACAGGAGCAGAUAUGGAUGUAGGUCUCAGCCAAUAUGGCCACUGUAAUUUUAUUUCACCCCGACAUGCCAGUAUUUUCUAUGAUGAGACAACACGGCAUUUUGAGCUGUUGAACUACAGUGAGCAUGGCACCACAGUGGACAAUGUCCUGUACUCUUGUGACUUCUCUGAGAAACCUUCCAGUACACCUCAGCCUACCAAAGUGGUAAAAGAAGUCAGAGAAGUGAUAAGCAAGUCAAAGAAAAAGAAGGAAAAAGAAGUCCCUCUCCCUCCUCCUCCACCCCCCAAGACAGAAGGAGAGAAGGUCACCAUGAGUGCUCAUGCUGGGCAGAGCCAUAAAAUUUGUAGUUGCAAGACAAGCAGUUCAAGUUUAAUCGGUGGAAGUGGUGCAGGCUGGGAAGGCACAGCACUGUUGCAUCAUGGGAGCUACAUAAAAUUUGGCUGCAUACCCUUUGUGUUCAGUAUAGUGGAGCAAGCGCUGCAUGAAACAACCAUUAAAAAACAGGAAGCGACAUCAUUACUAAAAAACAACUAAUUUCUUAGUCUCAGGAAGAUUUUGAUAAGCAGCAUUCAUUUACAUAGUGGUUUGACAUUAAAAGGUUACAAUUUUUAAUAUUAAGUACAGGUGUUGUACUGCUAAUGUGAUAGAUAUUUUGAUGGAGAAAACCCAAGUGUAUGUCUGUUUUUAUUAAAGAAAUAAUCCGAUGGCCUUUGUGUCCGUAAAACACUUCUCAGAGUUCUAUAUUUGUCUUGCUCCCAUCAGUCUGAAGGUGAUUGCCUUUUUGAACUAUCUACAAUUGUUAAUUAUUCAGCAGUAGCUGUCUCCAGAUGUUUAUCAGAGAUGAAGAGAAGGUGCCAGUCACACUGAUUACAAUGUUCAAACUGUACUUAAAAUGUUUGUUACUGUUAUGACAGUAUGAUUGUUCUCAUCUGGCCAUUGUCAUGUCAUUUCUAAUGAAAUUUAUUAAUGAAUGCGAUUAGCUGUAAAAAAUACAGUAGAAAAUACGCUAGAAAAUCUCAACAUUUGUGUAGAUAAUGUCACAAUUAUUCAAUCUUUACCUGUGGACUGCCAGUUGAUAUGCAAGUCCUUGUAUUUUAUCAUAUUUUCUGAUGUAUUGUCAUUGUAAAUUUUGUACAAAACACUGGUAGUAAAUACAGAUCUGCAGAUUAUUGUAGCGUCAGUCUAUUAUUUGAUAAUAAUAAUUA